UUAGGCGCCAAUGCGGCCGUUAACCAUUCGGCAUUUCCCUCUCAAUCUCAACUUCGACGCCGCUGCUACUCUUAACGAUCCAAGCUUCAACUACCAAAACCUCGCCAGGAACCACCGCCUGCUGAGUCUCUCCUAGUGUAGCCAUUCAGAAGUAAUGGGAAAAGAGGAAACCCCGCAGAUUACAAGAAGGGCGACCAGGCAUUCUUCAGCUAAUGUUUCAAAAAAUGAAACUGAAACUAAAGCAAGUGAUCAACCGCUCCCUCCCACUCUCAAUGACCUUUUCCUUGGUGAAAAAGAAAAACCCAUUAGCCUCGAUAAUGUGGUGUCUAGUUUCCCUGGUAGACGUGUUCAGAUUAUAGAGGUUAUGCGAAUUUUGGGUCCUGUGAAUUGCCCCAUGGUUCCUCUUUUUGUUUAUGGAGAUAGUUCUACCGGUAAAACAAGUAUAACCAACCAGAUAUUUCGACAUCUUAAUCGCCCUUUUGUUUAUUCAAGUUGCCUUACCUGUUAUAGUCCAAGAAUCUUGUUUGAAUCUGUUCUGAAUCAACUCUUGUUUCAUAGAAAGAAUGCAGCAAAUGGUUACUCCAGCGCGAAGCGCUGUGAGAAGCCAUCUGAUUUCGUUAAUCUUCUUCGUGAAGCUUUGGUUAGUGUUACUAGUAGUCUCCAGGGAAACUCGGACAAAUCAAGCUCCAAAAAAUUGUGUAGACGAGCUUGUGGAAAUAUGAUUUACUUGAUAUUUGACAAUCUAGAGCUUGUUAGAGAGUGGGAUAAGAGUUCUACUAUCCUACCCUUUUUGUUCAAUCUCCAUGAUAUUCUGAAAAUGCCUGAAGUUGGUUUGAUCUUCAUUAGCAAUACUUCACCGGAUACAUAUUACACUAGUAUGGGAUACUUGGAACCUGCCACUGUAUAUUUUCCUGAUUAUACAGAAGAUGACCUUCGCCAAAUCUUAUUGCUAAAACAAGAAAACAAGAAGCUUUAUUCCUCUUUUCUAGAUGUGGUACUGAAGUCUUUCUUUCGAAUUACCAGACGUGUAGAUGAAUUGUCUACAUCCUUUUCUCAAUUAUUCAGAAAAUACUGCGAGCCUUUAAAUGAUUUAGGUGUUGUUCCCAAUGAAGAAAUGAAAAGAAGGCUGUUUAGUACUCUUCAACCACAUAUUGCCCCUGCUAUGAAUGAGAUAUUCAAGGUUUCUUCUCAAACUUCUACUGAAGGUGGAGCUACCAAGCACAAAAGUAGCAGUAAGAAAUCAAGUCUUGAAGUUAGUGAUCAGUUAGAUUUGCAUAUGUCCACUUCUGCCAAGUAUCUUCUUAUUUCAGCAUUCCUUGCUUCAAGAAACCCAGCUACUCUUGAUGCUUCUCUGUUUGAUUCUACUGGGGGCUCAGAUAAUCGGAAACGAAAGAGGAAACCAUCAGAAAAAUCAUUGGAUCUGAAGGAAAGCGCAGAACAGGAGUUAAUGAUGAAAGGACCUGGAACGUUUCCAUUAGAGAGACUAUUAGCGAUAUUUCAAUGUAUUACGUCUGUAGCAGAAGGUUCAUUUGAAGAGGAAGAACAAGAAAAUGAUGGCAUAGGAGUUCAAACUGGAGAUGAUAGCCUCAUGUCUGAUGUCCUUUUGCAACUAUCCAGUCUAUGCAAUGCAAACUUUAUUGUGAAAGGGGGAAGUUGUCCAUUAGAGGGCUCAACUCGAUAUCGAUCUACAGUCUCUGAAGAUAUGGUCUUGAAGGUAGCAAGGAGCGUUAAGUUCCCCCUGUCAAAAUAUUUAUACAGAAGAUAGUCUUUGGUGUGGUGACUGAAGAGGUACUUGUAACUUGGUUUCCAUUAUUAUUCUCAAAGGCUGAAUAAGGAAAAAUGUAAUUAAUUUUACUGUUGAGCAUUUUAGAUUAAAUUCUGUGUUGCCUUUUUCUUGUACUUCUGAAAUCUGUGCCAACUGCCAAGUAAUUAAACAUGCCUGUUUAGAGCAAUGGAUUGUAGUUAGCUCUUUAAAGAGCCAAUUAAUUAUCCACUUUGAUUAACCAGAUCCCACAACUUCUGUGUAAACUUUGACUUCGCUCUUCUUUUGACUCCCGUCAUUGCUGUUUGUCGUAUAAACUCAUCCCAUAAUCUCUUCUUUACUCAUUUUGCGCUACUCUUCUCUCUCUCUUCUUCUUCUUCUUCCUUACCCUACCUAUUUUAGAUGCUCAACCCGUUUGUACUCUACAUUCUAUUGGUCCCUUUGAAACAUUGAAAUGGGUUGUCAGAAUUCAGAGGGCCAUUUGAGUUGACUUUGAUGCCAUAUACCCAAAAAUCUUAAAAUGUAAUAGAUAUUUCAUAUUUUGCUGAAAUCUAUUACUAUGAUAUCACACUAUCACUCUUCAUUCAAUAGGCAAGUUUAGUUUCUGUAUUUAUAUUUAUUUUGUAUGGGGGACAGUAUUAAAAGUAAUUGUAUGGGAAUUUUAAUAUUUUUUAUUUAUUUAUGUAGUUAGAGGAAUUUGUAUGAGUUGUAUACACUAGUGAUGGACCCAAGUAGAGAUAAUAUUAAAGGAGGGUGUGAUAAUUUACGGCUGAAGUGGAGACAUUCAUUGGUGAGGUUUAUGACAGUUUGAUCAGAAAGUUGGUUUUUUUUUACUGAAAGUUUGUUGUAUUAUUAAUUAAAAUGACAAAUCUGCUAACAAAAUAGUACGAAGAUCAGUUGGGACAAAAAAACAUAAAUAAUUGGCCGUUUUAUUCGUACCUCUUUUAAUAGGGAUAGAAUUUAUAGAAAGUUGAUUA